UCUCUGUUUCUAUGGUAAACAUAUUCCGAUAUUCAUGACCAAAUUACUUUUCCUUUGCUUGUGGAAAGAUUCGAGAUUUCAGUGUUGUUUGAUGGAAGCUGCUCGAUGGAAGUCCUGAACUCAUGUUACUAACUCAAGCCAGUAAGGAAGCCAAAAUAUGCUUAUUAGCACGUCACCAGCUGGUUCUUCUCAAGUAUGGUCAUUGCAGCAGUCAGCAGAUUUUUAUCUUCCCUAGUGCUUGGAUCAUAUGUAGCUGAGGAAAAUGAUAUAGCAAGGUAAUUCGAAAUAUUCAUUGUUAUUUUUUUGUUGUUCCUGAGUGUGAUUUGUUAGCUUCAGCUGCAUAAUUGUGAAAGAGAACUAUAUGGUUUGAUCACCUUCUCUGAUCUUUAAUGUGCAAAGAGUUAAAAGAUGGGACAACCGGAUUGAGAAUGCACGUCUAUGAGAUUGUGAAAAUGAGUUCAGAUGUGACAUUAUUAGCACACAAAGAGAGCUGUGACAUUUGAAGGCUUGAAUGAUAUUGAGAUUCAUUUUGAACUGACUUGAGAAUAAUCUCAGUUUCUGUAUGUUUACCAUUUUGCUUUUUAAUAUUGGAUUUCCUAGGGACCCAUUGAUCCACAAGGAGAAGGAAAGCUUUUUUAUACUAGUAUAUACUAUUUACUCUACUUCUCUUGUAGUCCUUUUGAAUUUUUCUCAUUCAAAUUUCAAAGUUCAACGGAUCAAAUCAAAAAAGUUUGUCUUUAUUUUGGUCCACCAAAAGCUAAAGGUACCCACUUAUUUCUCUCCUCCUCUUGCUCACUGCUUUGCCUUUUUAAAGGCCACAACAGCUAACUGAGAUAUGAAACAGUCUUUCAAAACUUGUUUUCUAUUUUCAUCUUAAAACUUGUCUUGACCUGAGAGUUCUUCCAAAUUAGAAGAGAUGGAGAAUAUGGAAGAUGGAGGAAUCUCGACAUAUGAUGGUAGAUAUGUUAUGUACAAUGUACUCGGUAACAUUUUCGAGCUGUCUUCAAAAUACAUUCCUCCUAUUCAACCCGUCGGUCGAGGUGCCUAUGGCAUUGUCUGCUGUGCUACAAACUCUGAGACAAACGAAGAGGUCGCGAUAAAGAAGAUACCACAUGGAUCAUGACAAUGUUAUCAAAAUGAAAGAUAUUAUCGAGCCACCAGAGAAGGAGAGGUUCGAAGAUGUGUAUAUUGUUUAUGAACUGAUGGAUACUGAUUUGCACCAGAUCAUUAGAUCCACUCAAACUCUAACAGAGGACCAUUGCCAGUACUUCCUUUACCAAAUUUUGAGAGGCCUAAAGUACAUACACUCUGCAAAUGUACUUCACCGCGACCUGAAACCGAGCAACCUGGUUCUAAAUACGAACUGUGAUCUUAAAAUAUGUGAUUUUGGGCUAGCAAGAACGUCGAAUGAGACAGAGAUAAUGACGGAAUAUGUUGUGACAAGAUGGUACCGUGCACCUGAAUUGCUUCUCAACAGCUCGGAAUACACAGGAGCUAUUGAUAUUUGGUCUGUUGGUUGCAUUUUUAUGGAGAUACUAAGAAGAGAGACGCUUUUUCCUGGUAAAGAUUAUGUUCAGCAGCUGAAACUUAUCACUGAGUUCUUAGGGUCACCAGAUGACUCUGAUCUCGAUUUCUUGAGAAGUGAUAAUGCGCGAAAGUACGUGAAACAGCUCCCACAUGUUCAAAAACAAUCAUUCAGAGAAAAAUUUCCAGACAUUUCCCCAGUGGCACUAGAUCUUGCUGAAAAGAUGCUAGUUUUCGAUCCUUCAAAACGCAUCACACGUUGGAAGAAGCAUCGAAGCAGCCGUAUUUGGCAAGUCUCCAUGAGAUCAACGAAGAACCAACGUGUCCUUCUCCUUUCAGUUUCGACUUCGAGGAGUCAGCCUUGGAUGAACAAGACAUCAAGGAGCUUGUAUGGAGAGAAUGUUUACGCUUCAAGAAUAAUUAAUCUCCCAAAUUCUCACUAUCCCAACAAGUUAAGACACAAUUGAAAGCUUAUUUUUCUAAGUUGUGGGGAACAUGCAUGUAAUAUUUGUUUUGAUGAUGGUUGGUUGUGCAAUGCGAAGAAAGUGCUCACUCUAUCAGACCA